GAAACAUUAAGAAAACCCGCAAGGCGAUGACGAGACACAUCAACAUGCCGUCUGUCCUGCCCGAAGAGGGCGAUGGCGCGGGACAGAGAGACCCACAAGGGAGCUGCGGAGACAUCGAAGCGCCUCACAUAGCACAAGAAGAGGGAAAACACAGCCCCAAAAUACAAUGGCGUUCAACCGACGAUCAAAACCAGGAAACCAGCCUUCAGUCAAAAGAAAAGGAAAAACAAUCAUGCAUACACGGUAUAAACAACACCGAGGACCAACAUGUAGGAAGUUGCAACGGCUACGUCCUCGCCCACGACCCGGCUCUGCUCUCCAACCCGAAAGAGAAACAGGAUCUGGAACAACCUGAUGACAAGACCGAAAGGACGAGCGUUGACAUGCAUGACGCUAAGAAAGAUGAUCGUCCUCCUCCGCUCACUUCGAAGGGUUACGUCCAGUGUUCAGCGAUGACGGAGCGCCUACUUAGCUUCCAGUAACAGAGGGAACGUUAAAUCUCACGAUGGCCGAGGCUCUGUUGUUCUUACAUCAAGCUGACGGGAGAAUCACAUUCCCUUUCUGAACGGCAAGCAGUUCCUUUAUAUCAAGAAGGCGAAACUCACAUUUGCAGCUGAAAAUUCGGAAGCGCGUGUUUCUAUCACAACCAAGAUGAACAAGCAAGUGGUUUCUCAAAAAAAAGUAUUGCAUGAGUUAAGGAAAUCUUAUCUCAUUGUUUACUUAAGUGCUUAUAUAUAUUGUAAUUGUCACCAUGUUUAUUGAUUUAUCAAGCUUUAUUUAGAACCUACUG